AUGCAUGCAAGAUUCCUGGGAAAGCUGCAGUUUUUGCAAUCAACACUGAUGUCCACUUCAUCGCAACGAACUGCUUUAUCAUCAAGAAACACAUCCACUCUUCAACCAGAUCAACUACAAAAGAAACUCACAUGGACUCAGCGGUUUGGUCGUCCAUUGUCUAGCUUUAUGCUUUUUUCAUCCAUUGCUUUUAUCGCAUUAGAAAACCUACGACUCCAGUUUGAGCACCAUGCUAUGGAGGCUGAUGAUGCGAAUAGUUUGGACAUACUGCGUGCAGAGCAGCAAUCACUGCAGAACCAACUGGAUAAACUGACGCAAUAA